CUACAAGCCUCUCAAAAUCUAAAUCUUUUCUCUUCUCUUCUCUUCUCUUUCAGUUUUCUUCCCUUUACUUUCUUUACUCAAUUUCUCAAAUGGCUUUAGCUUUUCUUUCUUCAUCAUCCUCCCUUUGAGUUCCAAUCUUCUCCCUUUCUCUCAUGGGAGAAAACGAAAACCCAUUAAUUCAAAGUUCAAAACUCAAUUCAGCCAUCAUCCCCAUGAGUAACAAUAUUAAUAAAUUUUCUUCAGACGAUGCGCCUCCUUUCUUUUCAACUAUUCUCACUCUGUACAUUCUAAUUCUCCUUUACUUUCCUCGCCUUUUCUUCAGAAUCAUUCUCUCUCCAGUUCCCAUUAUCACUUUAACUCUUCUCCUAUCUCUCCUCCGGUUCGGUACAGCACAAAAACAACUUCAACAAACCCGGACCCGGACUCCAACUAACUGCACUCCUGAAGCCGCUGAUCAAUUAUUGUGCGACUCUAAUAAUUCACAUGAUCGUCAAGAUCACAAAUGGGCAUGCGCUGAAAAGUGUACUCUCACCCCGGGCCCCCGUUUCGAAGACUCGUUCAUUGAGUGGAACGUGACGGCUCCGUUAGAAGUCAUUUAUGAGGCGUCUGAAGAAGGUAAAGAAGAAGAAAUCGAAGGAAAUAAUAAGGACCCGACCCGGCUUGGAAUUGAGCGGUACCCAUCUUUGUCUUUGUACUACCCGGAAUCGGAUUCUGAUAGUUCAUCCAAUGGUGAUUAUCCGGCAAUCGGAGAAUGGGGUUCGCCGGAAAGUGUGAGGCUUCAGUGGGAAGACGAAGAUAGAGAGGGGUUGAUAGAAAUAGCGGUCGAUGGUGUUAACAAUAAUGGUAGAAAUAAUGAUAAGAUGGAGAUGGAGAUGGAGUUGGAUUUUGUGGAUAAUUUUCAUGGCGAAGAAGAGAAUAAUUUGAUAGAGAUUGACAUUUCAGGGGAGAGUUAAUUGAAGGUGAUUACUGAUAAUUAUAGUUAAUUUUUUUUGGGUUUUGAGUUUUUUAAUUAAUUUUGAUGGAAUUAAUUACCUAAUCCAAAAAUUUUAAUGCAUUAUAUAAGUUUGUGUAUUUGGUUUUACAUACUGGGAUUUUCUGUUGUU